AUGACUGGAUCUUGUCCGCACCAGGAAACCGGCUAUACGAACGAUACCAGCAGCCCUUUGACCCAGAUCCUGAUUCUCUAUCACAAAGCAACCUCGACCUUCCUACUCCGCCAGCCCGUAUCUGCAUAUUCGACUUGUCUCGAGGCUCUGGAGUUGCUCGCCAGGACAAACAAGGAGUACGGACUGGACCAAGUGACAGCAUCGUUGUCAACCCGUCGAUCAUUCUUUGUGUUGAAGCAGAAGCUAUGGAUCUUGAACGUCACUAUCUUUGGCGCCAUGCUUGCGGAUCGAGCUGAGGAUGAGCACCAGAGCGGAGGAUUGAGGAAGCGACUGUCGGGACCGUCCAAGGAGGGUCCAGAGAAGCUGGUCAAGGAUCUGUGGAGACGUCUUAUGGAGGACUAUGGCGGGUUGGAAGGCGAUGUCGAUGGACAAGUCAUGGUUGCCUUUGCAAUGCUCUGCAUCAACCAAAAGCUGUAUGUGUUGGCCAAACAGACCACUGAGGCCUAUUUGGCGACAAUCCCAGAGGGAAUGCUGAUCCAUCUGGAGACUGCAGCUGGGGCGCUGACGAGCGUCGAAAGGCGGACCAAGGAUCCAUUGAUUACCCACUACGAGCGACUGGUUGAACUAUAUGUGGUGCAUGUACUGGUCAAGCUUAGAGAGUGGGACUAUGCACGACAGUUCCUUGAAUUUAACACUGUCCUCUCUGAGUCUUCCAAAAAGACAUACGGCAAGAUUUUGGACAAGCUGCAGGAAAGGGCAUCGCGACCCAAGAAGACAGUGGUCAAGAAGCCAUUGACUACGACCGCGACCCAGGCUACCACCAAUACCUUGUCGACUGCAUCGUCGUCAUCAUCAAAUGUAUUGAAUUCUGUAGAGUCGUCGCCUAAGGUGUCGUCCGUUUCUUCAAUUGCUCCAUCGACGAAUAAUGCCGCGUCCAAAGCGAUCAACGAACAUCCGAAGUCACUGAAGAAUGGAUUUGCAUCAUUGGGCGCAGCAUCAGAAGCAGGAGCAGUUCGUACAAAGGCGGCUGCUUCGAGGAGCGGAGUAUCAGCUGGAACUGCGAAUAACGCUAAAGCUUCUACUGCUCUAUCUGCUUCGACCCUCCAGGGGCGAUUGUGGAUCUUAUUACAGCACUACGUGGAUCAGAUUAAGCAUUUGGGGACUCAAAUGGGGCCUAAUCAGCUGAUGGCUGUUGUUGGCGUCAUUGUGUUUUUGGGUACAUUGUCUCGAAACCGGACUAGGGCCUCAAAGGCGAUGCGGGCAGUGGUGGAUAAGGUGAUGCAGACGAUUAAGAUGGGCACGACUGUUACGAGCAUCUAG